UUUUUGGCCAGUCGUCGGACAUGAAGGCAGCUAUAACCAUCAUACUCCUGCUGGCCCUAGGGACCUUGGCUGAUAAGCCCCGUGCCCUCAACAGUUUGUGUCAUUAUCUGGAUUUGAGCAAGGAAACCGCCUCCAAUAUGGGGAUCACGAAAAAGUGUUUCGCUCAAUAUUUGCCAGAAUUGGAGAGCGAGGGAGCCACCUGGUCACAAGGUUACAGUGGCUGCCAAAAGAAGGCCUCCAGUGAGCAGCAAUCGGUGCUUUUAAAGGCCAAUUUAGCUCAGGAAUAUAUACGGGAAGCUGCCUUGAGCAUAACAGACUUUAUCGAUCAGUGUUUGACCCUGAUGGAGGCCCAGGAAUUUUUCGAUUGCUUUGCUAAAAUGGCCAAAUUGCAGUUGACUAAAGUCUACAAUAUAUCAUUUAAUGCCUCGGAGCAGGGUUUGAUCCUAAAUAAACAUUUGAGCAGCAUUGAAAUGGAACAUUAUUUGUGCACAAAUCGAACGGAAGAUACUUACAUAGAGGGAACGGAUAAAAUCUUCCAGUCAUUGGAUCAAUGUCUUCAACAGAAUGAUACGCAUUAAACAAAACAGUUUCAGAUA